AUCUGGUUGGCGUGAACGGGUUGGAUCGAAGGGUCUGUUUCCAUGCUGCACAUCUCUAUGACUCUAUAAAUCACAGCUUCAUUUCUGAGGAGUGUUUGGAAACUUAAAUUGAGGAGAAAAAAAAGGAAAUAAAAGGGUUCAGCCAUCAGGCGUCAGAUCCAUUCAGUAUUGCGAGAUUACUAAUAUCUCCCAGACAUUCCUUAAGCUGGUGUUCUUGAGGUCACGUACAGGUUACAUGUCACCACAUGAACCCUCUCGAAUUCCACCAUUAAGCAGCAUCAACUCCACCUCAAAACUACCCCAGUCUGCAGGUAUACACACACUGCCUCCAGUUCCCAGGUAUACAUACUGCCUCCAGUCCGCAGGUAUACACACUGCCUCCAGUCUGCAGGUAUACACACUGCACCCAGUCUGCAGGGACACUCAUUGCCCCCAGUCUGCAGGGACACACACCGCCCCAGUUCGCAGGUAUACACACUGCCCCCAGUUCGCAGGUAUACACACUGCCCCAGUUCGCAGGUAUACACACUGCCCCCAGUCUGCAGGUAUACACACUGCCCCAGUUCGCAGGUAUACACACUGCCUCCAGUUCGCAGGUAUACACACUGCCCCCAGUCCGCCGGUAUACACACACUGCUCCCAGUCCGCAGCUAUACACACACUGCCCCAGUCCGCAGCUAUACACACCGCCCCAGUAUGCAGGUAUACAGACACCGGCCCCAGCCUGCAGGUAUACACAAACCGCCCCCAGUCCACGGGUAUUUAUACACUGCCCCCAGUCCGCGGGUAUACACGCACCGCCCCCAGUCCGCGGGUAUACACGCACCGCCCCCAGUCUGCGGGUAUACACGCACCGCCCCCAGUCUGCAGGUAUACACGCACCGCCCCCAGUCUGCAGGUAUACACGCACCGCCCCCAGUCUGCAGGUAUACACGCACCGCCCCCAGUCUGCAGGUAUACACGCACCGCCCCCAGUCUGCAGGUAUACACGCACCGCCCCCAGUCUGCAGGUAUACACGCACCGCCCCCAGUCUGCAGGUAUACACGCACCGCCCCCAGUCUGCAGGUAUACACGCACCGCCCCCAGUCUGCAGGUAUACACGCACCGCCCCCAGUCUGCAGGUAUACACGCACCGCCCCCAGUCUGCAGGUAUACACGCACCGCCCCCAGUCUGCAGGUAUACACGCACCGCCCCCAGUCUGCAGGUAUACACGCACCGCCCCCAGUCUGCAGGUAUACACGCACCGCCCCCAGUCUGCAGGUAUACACGCACCGCCCCCAGUCUGCAGGUAUACACGCACCGCCCCCAGUCUGCAGGUAUACACGCACCGCCCCCAGUCUGCAGGUAUACACGCACCGCCCCCAGUCUGCAGGUAUACACGCACCGCCCCCAGUCUGCAGGUAUACACGCACCGCCCCCAGUCUGCAGGUAUACACGCACCGCCCCCAGUCUGCAGGUAUACACGCACCGCCCCCAGUCUGCAGGUAUACACGCACCGCCCCCAGUCUGCAGGUAUACACGCACCGCCCCCAGUCUGCAGGUAUACACGCACCGCCCCCAGUCUGCAGGUAUACACGCACCGCCCCCAGUCUGCAGGUAUACACACACUGCCCCCAGUCUGCAGGUAUACACGCACUGCCCCCAGUCUGCAGGUAUAUACACACUGCCCCCAGUCUGCAGGUAUACACACACUGCCCCCAGUCUGCAGGUAUACACACACUGCCCCAGUCUGCAGGUAUACACACACCGCCCCCAGUCUGCAGGUAUACACGCACUGCCCCCAGUCUGCAGGUAUACACACACCGCUCCCAAUCUGCAGGUAUACACACACUGCCCCCAGUCUGCAGGUAUACACACACCGCCCCAGUCUGCAGGUAUACACACACCGCCCCAGUCUGCAGGUAUAUACACACCGCCCCCAGUCUGCAGGUAUACAAACCUAGAAAUUACGAACAGUAAGCCUUUUGCCCAUACAGACCUGCUCCAUUAUUAAAAUUUCUGCUGAUCAGUUUGUGUUUCAAAUCCCACAUUGCUAUCCAUUAGAACAUAGAACAUGACAGCGCAGU